AUGGAUUUUGAUGCCGGAAUUCCGAUGUCUCGUGGUGGUGGUGGUGGUCUACCAGCUGUGACCGAAGGAACUUCUCUGUCACGGUCCUUAAGUGAAGCUCCUUUCUGUCUUAAUGUCAUAGGUUACGCUUUUGCUUUUGUUGUUCUUUUGAAUCUUGUUGGAAUUCUGGUUUUUGUCGGCGCUGAUUCUGAAUUUUGCCUCUGUUUUAAUGCAAUGUGGCAAAUGAACCUGAGAUCAAGUGAAACAAUGGAAGCUGGGCCAUAUCCUGAGCGCCCUGGAGAGCCUGAUUGUUCUUAUUACAUAAGAACAGGCCUCUGUAGAUUUGGGGCUACAUGCCGAUUUAACCAUCCUCCUAAUCGGAAGCUGAUAUAUCCAAUACUGGCUAUUGCAGCGGCCAGGAUGAAGGGGGAAUUUCCAGAAAGAUUAGGACAGCCAGAAUGCCAGAUGGCAACACAUGCAUUACCAGUAGCUGUUAAUGCUAUUUUUCAGAUUGUAGGCUUAGGGUGUCAAUGCAUGAUUUACUACUUGAAGACUGGAACUUGCAAGUUUGGGGCCACAUGCAAGUUUCAUCACCCUAGAGACAAGGCUGGGAUUUCUGGAAGAGUGUCUUUAAAUAUUUUGGGUUAUCCACUCCGACCGAAUGAGAUCGAGUGUGCUUAUUACUUAAGAACAGGACAGUGCAAAUUUGGUAGCACUUGUAAAUUUCACCAUCCUCAACCAACUAAUGUGAUGGUUCCAUUGCGUGGCUCUCCUGUUUACCCUACUGUCAAUUCUCCAACUACCCCUGGUCAGCAAUCCUAUCCUGGAGGACUUGCAACAAACUGGUCAAGAUCUUUUAUUACCAGCCCACGCUGGCAAGCUCCUUCGAGUUAUACACCUUUGAUUCUACCUCAGGGGGUUGUAUCUGUCCCUGGCUGGAAUGCAUACAGUAGGCCAUUGUGCUUGGACCACACAAUGAGGGUGGCUCUACCCUCCCGCAAUCUCUCUAAUCCUUGGCAUGGACUGGGUCAGCUUGGGUCAGUAUCAUCUCCAGAGAGUCAGCAACAAACAGGAAACAGUCAGAUAUAUGGAACCUCACGCCAGAGUGAAUCAGUUAAUGCAGGAUCUCAAGGGACAUUUUCUCCAUACCGGUCUGGCUCUGUACCCUUAGGAUUUUAUGCCUUGCAAAGAGAGAGUGUUUUCCCUGAGAGACCUGGUCAGCCUGAAUGCCAGUUUUACAUGAAGACUGGAGACUGUAAGUUUGGUGCAGUUUGUAGAUUCCACCAUCCAAGGGAGAGGCUAAUUCCUGCUCCAGACUGUGUCUUGAGUCCAAUAGGGCUGCCUUUACGUCCGGGAGAACCUUUGUGCAUCUUUUACUCUCGUUAUGGCAUCUGCAAGUUUGGUCCAAGUUGCAAGUUUGACCACCCUAUGGGAAUUUUCACAUACAAUCUCACAGCAUCAUCUUCAGCUGAUGCUCCAGUUCGACGGUUAUUGGGGUCCUCAUCAGGAUCCGCCGCAUUAAAUUUGUCAUCAGAAGGGCUUGUUGAAGCAGGCCCGACGAAGCCAAGGCGACUUUCACUAUCAGAGCCUAGACAAAUGCCCCCUGGCGAUGAUAACAUUGACACAGGAGGAUGA